AUGCACAAUCUCAUAAGCACUACUAACUAUGAACAAAGUGGGAAUGAUUUCCUCUGCUUGGCUGGUUCAGGGAAGAUUCCAAAGAAGAAGAGGUUUGAAUUGGGGGUUGGAAGAAUGAGUAGGAGUUGGCCAGACAGAGACUUGGGAGUGAGAAGGGAAUUUCAGAGAAGAGCUCUUUCUUCUGAACCCAUCGUGAAGAGAGUGGUGAAGUGGAGCUGGGGACCUCCAUGCCCAGUUUCCCAUCAUGGGCCCCAGGACUUCUUCCCUGAGUCCCAGGCAGCAGCCCCAGAGGUCCCAUCUAACCUGGAAGCCCAGGGAGGCAGGAGGGGCUGGAAGUGCUGGCACAUUCACCCCAGGAAAGCAGAUCAUGGGACACGUGUGGGGCUGCUGCUGCGGAACGUCAAAGAUGCUGCUCUCCGUAAUCCCACAGCCCAGCUCGGAGACACCAGGGCCUCAGCCCUGACCCGCUGGGGCCUGGCUGAGAUGGUUUCUGCUCCUGGUUCUGAAGCUUAUGAGUGUCUUGUCCUUCUCACCGGCCUGGCAAAGCAGCCUUCCCGCAUCUGUGCCUUUAACACUCGCGGGACCGAUAGCCACAUCUCAGGGGAUGAGCCUCUCCAUCUCGACUGUUCAUUCAUUCGAAAACACUGCUCGGGGUCCGUGGGGGUGCUGGCCCUGCUGGGCUCCGAGGAGAGUCAGAGACGUCUUGGAAUGCGUGAGGAACCCCGGAGUCACCGCGAUUUCCUGCUUCAGCAGUGCUUGGACAGACACCAGCACUCGUCCCCCUCUCCGGUGGGCCGCUCAGAGCCUGCCUUUGCCAUCACCUCCCAGCGCCCUCCGACCACCCAAGGUCCCCGCCGCCGGCACCGCCUCUGCUCAGCCGCCCGCAGGACCACCGCGUCCCCCUCACAGGUGCGCCAGAACUACCACCAGGACUCGGAGGCUGCCAUCCACCACCGGAUCAACCUGGAGCUCUACGCCUCCUACGUCUACCUGUCCAGAUCAUACUAUUUUGACCGCGAUGAUGUGGUUUUGAAGAACUUUGCCGUAUACUUUCUUCACCAAUCUCGUGAAGAAAGGGAACAUGCUGAGAAACUGAUGAAGCUGCAGAACCAAUGGGGUGGCCAAAUCCUCCUUCAGGAUGUCAAGAAACCAGACCGUGACGACUGGGAGAAUGAGCUGAAUGCAACGGAAUGUGCGCUAUACUUGGGAAAAAACGUCAAUCAGGAACUACUGGAACUGCACAAACUGGCCACUGACAAAAAUGACCCCCAUUUGUGUGACUUCAUUGAGACUCAUUACCUGAAUGAGCAGGUGAAAUCCAUCAAAGAACUGGGUGACCACCUAACCAACUUGUGCAAGAUAGGGGCUCCCGGAUCCGGCACGGCAGAGUAUCUCUUUGACAAGCACACACUGGGAAACAGUGACAGCAAGAGCUAA